AUGAUUAAACAACAGCAACCACAGCAACUUAAGGCGCAAAACACCCAGGUCCUUCAGACCAUUACAUACGCCAUAUAUGCAUAUAAUUCAAAGACGGCAGAACAAACGCAAAGGUUGAAAUAUGGAGAUUUGGAGAUAGUAUUGAAAAAUGAACAUUUCGAAUUCGUUUGCAAAGGUGGUGCAGUGAUAUCAAAUAUAAAAGAAAUUUUAUUUAUGAAUUCUAAAAUUAAAGGUAUAACGGAUGAUAUAACAUCAAUUCCACCAGAAGAACAAAGAUAUUACGCAUUAAAUGCAUUUCCUAAAGUUUUGAAGAUUGGAAGAUUUAAUUUAAAUGAGGAAUUCAUAGAAGGUUUCCUAAAUGACAUAAUGAAGAAGGUGGAUAAGGAAUAUGUGGAUAGUGAGUUAAAUAAGAAGGCAAAUUUGGUUUAUGUUGAUGAAAAAGAUAAUGAAAUUAAAGAAAAGGUUGAAUGGUAUCAUGAAUGGACAUUUGAGACUUUUAAAGUUAAAGCUGAUACAGAAUGGGUUUCAGGAUGUUUAGAUCUUAAAGCAGAUAAAACUUAUGUUAACGAUGAGUUAGAGAAGAAAGCAGAUAAAACUUAUGUUAACGAUGAGUUAGAGAAGAAAGCUGACAAAACAGAGCUUCAAACAUUAAAGACUGAAAUACUUCAAACAUUAUAUCCUGUUGGUUCUAUUUAUACAUCAAUGAACUCAACAAAUCCAUCAACAGUUUUAGGUUUUGGUUCAUGGAAGCAGAUUGUAGAUAAAUUCUUAUACUGUGCUAGAUAUUCAAAGCAAACAGGAGGUUCGAAGAAAAUUAAAGAAGCAAACCUUCCACCGCACACUCAUACAGGAACUACAAACACAACAGGUAAUCAUUCACAUUCAAUAACAAAAAGAGGUUAUAUAAAUCUUGCAGCGGGUUCGGAUAGAUGGGGAAUGAAUAGAUAUGAUAUCACAACUGACCCAGUAGAUUCAAGCACAGGUAUUUUCUGUGGAACCACAGGUAAUCAUUCACACACUUUCACAACAAAUCCAACAGGCUCGGGUAAAGAUUACAUGCCACCAUUUGUGACUGUAUUCGCAUGGUACCGUGUUUAUUGA